UUAUAACUUAAUUAUCCUUGUAUCACAAUACCCUAAUUAUUAUUAUAUAUUAAAAUAAAAACAUAUACAGGCGUGAUGUAAGAAGACAAUUAUUCACUAAUAUUUACUAUUUGAAGAUGUUGAAAUUUAGCGGGUUAGUUAUUUGGAGGUUAGGUUCUCGAAGUUCUUUGAGAAAAUAUUCAUCUUCAGGUGCGACAGUGUUCAAAGCACAUAAAACAGACUCGUCAACAAAUGUUACUGACAGAAAUAUCGAGGGUAAUUCUCUGGGAUUAAAAGACGGUUCAAGUUUAGUUGCAGCUGCUUUUGCUUCUCUCAAUUCUUCAGAGCAGGAUGAUAAUAAAAAGCCAAGUGUUAAAUCUGUGAAACAAAGCCGUACCCAGCAACUAGACAGCCAAAUCAUUAGAGCAACAGAUGUGGAUUCCUUGCUAUUAGCUGCUGAAAACCCCGUCAUAUCUAGGAGGCAUGCACUUAAGAUGGUAUCAGUAUUAUCGGAAUGGUCCAGUAAUAACAAGGUUAAGUUAUCUGACUUUGAAAAGGAUCCACGCUUCCUUAAGUUAUGUCGUAUCUUAGCCAGGACACCUACUAGCCAGGCUAUGAGCUCGCUCACAAUGGCUGAAGAUCUAAGCACAGUACUUGGUAUCACUGGUGAUGAUGAAGCAGCUAGGCUUAUAGCUAAUCUUUCAUUGUCGCAAAUGAUCAAGGUGAUGAAAGCUCUUCAGGUGAAAGGUCGACGAAGCACACCACUUCUACGCGCCUUAUCUUACAACAUAACUAAACAACCAGAAAAAAUUGACUUGAAAAAAUCAGCUGAUCUUCUUUUCUCUAUGGCUGCUCUGAAUUUCCCUGAUCCAGUAUUGAUGGAUAGAAUAUGCAGUGAUGUUAUAGACAUUCUACCAGAGAACACGGAUAAACCAGCUGUUGUAAACUCCAUUUUAGUAUCACUCGGUUUGCUCAAAUAUCGUCAUGAGACAGUCUUACUAGCCUUAACGAAGUGGAUACAAAAAUAUAGAAAAAUCUGUAGACCAGGUGACAUAGCAUCAGCAAUCAUCACGCUGGCUACUGUUGACUACAUGCCAGCUCAACUGGAUUCUCUGAUAGAGGAAGCAUUAUCACUAAAAGAGGACGAAAUGACAAAAGCUUCGUCGUGGCUCGACCUCGUGUUCUCUCUGCUAAUCUUGGACAAAGCGCAGGAACAUCACCUCGUCUCUACACUCAAGCCUGAAUUUAUUGAUAAACUACUUUCUGCGGGUGAAAUACCCAUCCCAUCUCGACGCAAGCUGAUGGCGAUAGACGCGUACGUAGGUCUCAAAUUCCCAUCCACAUCUAUACGACUAGCGGAAGACAUAGCAGUCGGUGUCCCGAUAGUUUAUACAAAGGAAAAAGCGCUCUAUGUCCAGAACAUCAUGGACACGUUCAGGAGUCUAGUUUCAGCAGAAACGUUUUUAAGGAAGGAGUGUCAAUCGGGAAUGGGAUUUCUUUAUGAUGCAGAGUUCGUUGUGGAUUCAAAAUGCCAUCCGGUAUCUUUAGAUAAAGCGGCUAACAGAAAGGAUGUACAUAGGAUAGCAGUAUUAGGUUUGGAUUAUCACGACCUCACGAGGAAGGAGCCUGUUCCUCUCGGGGUUAACAAGUUAUACAGCCGGCUAUUGCAACUUAAAGGAUUCAAAGUCUUAGAGAUUCCAUACACGGAGUUCAAUCCUAAAGAGAAGCUGGUCAUAAGGGUUCAGUACAUCGAAAAUCGGCUGAAGGAAAUUAUUACAUCGACCAAGACGAGUUAGGUAUAGAAAUACUAAUUAGGGACAUAAAAUUUGGAUACAGACUAUGGAACAUAUUAAAGACCCGUUGUAUAGCGAAUACCAAUCCCCGUAAGAAAAUCGCGGACCUUUUUUUGUAUUGUAUUAUUUGUGGACUCAGGAUAUCAGUCGAAACAUUGCAUCUAAAGUAAUUACAAUAAUAAUAAAAAAUAUUUAUUACAUAUUAUAAAUAUAAUUGUGCGAUAUCAGAAUGGUAUAGAACAUUCAAAAAAUAUAGUUCACAAGAGAAGUAGCGUUAGCAAAAAAGUUAUGAUAAAUAAUUAUCCGACUCUGGCAAAGCCGAUGUGCCGGUUAUGAUUUUAGCAGGUUAUGUUUUAUAUAGAUAUGUAUGUUGGUGUGUUUGUAUGUAUGUAUGACUGUAAUAACAUCGCAUCUAUUUAAUGGAAACAACCACUUAUUAAUCUAAGCACUAUAAUAAUAAAACAAUCAUAAAUCUAUAAUAUGGUGCAGUAACAAAUCGCAAGCAAAAAUAUUCUCUAACCAAUAAGUAAUAAGGUCUCGUCUCGCAUCGACGCGAACCUGCGGCCCGUGUCUCAGACACAAGGGCGGGUCCCAUUCUGAUCGCGCGGAUUGUACUCGGUAACAUUCGCGACUUCGUUUGCAAACUGUAUGGCUGUAGGCUCUUUUUUUGUAGCGACAGUGCGUGACAGCAGACAGGUGAUGAAUUUUGAACGUGUAAAAACAGAUGCGUUAGGCUCACAAUUAAAAUUGUAUGUAAUGGAAUUUAGGAAAAAUGUACAGAAAUCAAGGAGAGGGGUUCAAAACAAUAUUUUUAACUUAACCAAUCGCGGCCGACUAAACGUAUGACCUAGCAUUUAGUUAUGCUUCUUGACUCAAGAUGUCGCUACCUGUCUUUAAUGGAGUAAUAAAUAUGAACAUUGUUUUAUAUUUGGAGCUUUUUCUACGCCAUUUUACAGACACUUUCUUUGAUGAGAAAAAUAUUACCACUACACUCCAUUCAUAAAUUGAUGACUUAAAUUGACGAAUCAAGGAGUUCGUUAUUCAUCACUAGCGAUGAUAGCGUGAUGAUGUGACAAAAGAGAAGUUACGAUCAUAUACACAUAGACUACACAUAUAAUACAGUUGACAAAACAUGUAACAAUGAUGUUUCUCGUAACUAUUAAACGGAAAAAAAUAAUUAAUUAACAUUCGUUUUAUUUUUUUAUGUAUCACGUUAUACUUAAACAUAUGAAGAGAUUAAUAAUUUUAUAUAAUCAUGUUCUAUUAUUUCUCAAGUAAAAUUCAAGUUACCUUUUUUUCUGUCUGUACAAUUAUUGAACUGUUAUAAGUUAAUUAUAGUGUUAGUCAAAUGUUUUGUUGACACGAUAAACGAUUGGUGAUUAUAGAUAAUAUAAUGUGUGUUUGUAUUUUAUAUCAUUUAGCAGAAAAUUAUAUCACUAGUAGACGAUGUCGGAUUGUUGCAAAAAUUCAAGUUGCUAGAUUUUGUUUUACGUAUCCUACGAAUACUUCCGACGGUCUGAAAAUAAAACUCCAUUCAAGUGUCCGCUUUGAAUUUUUUUUUUUUUUUUUUAUAGAAUAGGAAGGCGGACGAGCAUAUGUGCCACCUGAUGGUAAGUGGUCACCAAACGCCCUUAGAUAUUGGCAUUGUAAGAAAUGUCAACCAUCGCUUUCAUAGCCAAUGCGCCACCAACCUUGGGAACUAAGAUUUUAUGUCCCUUGUAAAUGAACACUUAACAUUAUUAUCCUGGGUUUUCCAUCUAUUCUCGUGUUGAAAAACCGUACUUGUUAACGUAGCAAUGCUUAAUAUAUUGCAAUGUUAAGAUAUCAAAGUAGCAUACAACUAGUACAUGUAAAAAUAUUUAUAUGUAUAUUUAAAACAUUUACCUUUUAUACACACACACACAUAAACACGCAUAUAUACAUACAUACUCAUUUUUAUCCGUUGUAAAAUAUGUCAAUGUUCUAUUAAAAUGAUACGCUAUUCAACACAUAUGUAUAAUACUUAUAUAUUUUAUAUGUAUUCGUUCCUUGUUUAUGUGUUGGAGUUACGAAGGAUAGAAUAUGUAAAUCUCAAUGAGGUUAUGCGACUCUUCCUUCCUGUGUCUCGCCAAAUCGCGUAAAUUAAUAAUUUAAUACAAUAUAUUAAUUACUAGUUUAUCCUCAAGUUACGCGUUCUUUGCGUUUUUUGUAAUUACAUCGACACAUGAUUAUAUGGCUCAUGUUUUAAAUAUGUAUAUAUUUUUUAUUAGAUGCCUGAUUUUAAUGUCAGGCAUUGUGUGGCCACACAAUCAUUAUCAAUCACAGAGUUAUCCGCAAAGAGUUUUGCCAGAAGAUCGGCUUUCCCCUGCGGAGUGUGAGCUAGAGAUCCGCCCGGAUUCCUGAGCGGUGGCAGUGAAUGUUGGCAGAAAUUGUUUUGCACAGACUUGGUCAGACGCCGAAAGCUACGGGAGCUCGUCGGAUGCGAAAUAAGGUCAUGCCCAAUCUGCACAAUGCGCUGUGCAUCCGCUCUUGUGUAGGCCUUUUUACAGGACUUGAAGUUGUUGUUGUAGGUCGCUUUCAGUGAUUCAAUGUUGGAUGCCCUAGUAACGCAGCCAUUGAACACAAACCCACUCUUACGAUGAGUCAAGACGAGAACACGCGGAUCUUACCGAUAUUUACGUGUUCAACGUUAAGUUUUAACGUGUUUGCGUUGAACGUGAUAACGUAGUGAGGAGACGUUCACGUCAUGCAUGACAUUGUCACAUGUAUAUAGAGAAGGUUAUUGUCCAGCAAUGCGAUAUUUGCUGGCUUUCAUAUAACAUGCAUAAUACAUAUUUAAAUGUUAUGUGUUUUGCCGCGAUUGAAUGAAAACAAUUUUGGUACGAACUCUUAGUAGCAAAAAUUUCUAACAUAUAAUUUUUUGCAACGAUAAUCAAAGUGAGAUUGAUUUAUUUUACUUUAAUCUGAUUCAUUGGUCAUUGGUACGGUGCAACCUAUGACGCGAUAAGCGACCAAAAGCUUUCAGCUAUUUGUCUGAUUCGUUUAUCAUAAAACUUGUGGGGUGAAACAAAACUAUUAAUAUAAAUGGCAUAAUAAGUAACAUAAUUAAAUCAAAUUACGGCUAAUGUAUUCCACUACCAAAAAUCUGAACGCUCAUUGGUCGUCGGCUUUUUCACACCGACCAACGACAAAUUACUUACGGAUAACUAAUUUAAUAAUUCGACCGUACCGAUAAUUGUAUUUCGUGUUUUUUCCAUCACACAUUUAUGACAUAUUUCUCUCAAUUAAAAGCAAUUAAGCAAAGAAUUUAAUUGAAUUUUUAUCAUAAGCAACAUACACACGUAAUAUUUAUUUAUGAAACUUAUUUUUGUACAUUUAUUUCUGGAUUAAUAUCCUGUAUAUAGAAACAAUUCAAUUACCUAAAUGUAUUGUUUAAUUUGGUAUAUAUUUGUACGUGUGAAUGGUGUCUACUUAAUUAUAAUUUAUUCACGCUAAUUUAGUCUCUAGAACAUUGAUGUAAAAAUCAAACUCCCUUGUUUGGUUUAUCCUGUUUAGAUGCGAGGGCGUGUAAAAUAGUGGUUGUUAAUAUUAUAGAAAAAUAAAUAGAUUAAAUGAAA